AUUAGACUGUUCUGCUGUUCUGCUCCAGAGCCGUCAUUCAAUUAAACUUAAUUCGCCAUUUAUACAGAUACUAGGAAUUUGAUUUGGUCUUCUCCAUGCAGGAAACACACAGUAAAACAGAAAGACAAAAACACAAGGACGAACAGUACCGUUAUGAGCAAUAAAUUAAUAGGAAUGAAGAUGGAGAAUAAAUUUAAAGUGCAAUGGUGUCCAAGUUUUAAGAGUUAUUUAGGAGGGCCAUUGCUUGGGGGAGAAAACUGUGGAGGUGAUGUUUUGGACAUAAUAGCCCUGUACCGCUUUCCAGAGGGGAGAAGAUUAAACAGACUAUUGGCAGGAUGGGAGGGGUCAGCCGCAAUCUCCAGAGCUCGGUUAAUGGUCCUCGAGGUGUGCAUCCAUUGCAGCUUCACAAUCUCAGGGAUGCUGUCUGUUUCAAUGAGUCCCUCUGCAUUCCCUUGCAUCCAAUGUUAGAGAGCCUGCUGAUGAUUAACUCAUGAGAAUUCCCAAAGAAGUUUACAUUUCUAAUUAAUAAAUCAAUGUUUUUAUGAUUCCCCUUUAUAUCAACGUAAAUAUGAAGGCUGCUCAACACUGAUUUUGGUGUGAAGAGGAACACACUUGGUGAGGUAAACAAGUGCUCAUGAGGGGUUAGGGGCUUAGCGAUUGGAGAGAUUAAUCCCAUGAGAUAAUGUCUACGCAUUACUCGGUCUCCACAUGUCAUGCUGCGGACGACAACUUCAGGACUCACUCAAAGGUGCGUGCUCAUUCAACACAUAAUCACAAAUGCUGCUUGGUGUUGCUGGCUAAAAUGAGACCUUUUGCUGUGAUGUGCUGAGGUGAUUUUAGCUUGGCUGUCCUGCUCCUCUCAUGCAGACUGAGGACCGGUUCGUUAAGGCAGCGUAUUCCUAACGAUGAACAGUCUGGAAGGCGUUUCGUUUCAGACGCCCGCCGGCUCACUAGGGGUGACCCGGAGCCAGCUUGCACCGGCAGGGAAGCCAGACUUCCCAUUCCCCGAUUGCCGUCAGAUACUGCGAGACACCAAGUACGACUUUGCCCUUGAACGCCGGGUGCUGAUUGGCUACGAGCCUGGCUAUCAAAGAAGAGAAGCAUGGCCCGCCUCCCUGGUGCAAAGGCUCCCCAAGCCUCCGUCCUGCCCUCCGUUCUCCAUGAUGUUCAGCGGCCUUCAGGAGGGCUCCUGGGCCGGUCCGAGGAGGAGCGACCAGCGGGACCAAGGCCCUCGGCCCCGGAGCCACAGCCUGAACGCCGCAGACAUCCGGCGCCUGCACCCCCGCACGGCCCGCUUCCGCAUCCUCAACCCCGACGACGAGGCCGGGUACUCGGAGGACGACGAGGGCUCCUCCACCGACGACGGGGUCCGCUGCUUUGUGGUCAGAGAGCGCUCCAGCAGCUGUUCCCCAAAGGACACGCCCCCCAGAUUCAGGGAGCUCCACGCCGGCUCCUCUGCGCCGCAUUGUAAGCACCAGGGCCAGGCCCGGCCGCUGUCUGCCUCCAGCGGCCGCAGACAGCCGGCGCUGGAGCAGAGCCUGCACGGCAGCCCCCCCUGUCCAGGGGGGAAGCACUGCAGGAAGAAGCAGGCCUCCCUGGGCUCCGUCAACAAGAAGUACGCAGCCGGCGGCGGAGCGCAGUCCGUCUGCGGCUCUCAGGUCAGGCCCCAGCAGCCGAGGCCGUCCUCCGCGGGAUCGACAGUCAAGAGCCACAGAAGAGAAGCAUGGCCCGCCUCCCUGGUGCAAAGGCUCCCCAAGCCUCCGUCCUGCCCUCCGUUCUCCAUGAUGUUCAGCGGCCUUCAGGAGGGCUCCUGGGCCGGUCCGAGGAGGAGCGACCAGCGGGACCAAGGCCCUCGGCCCCGGAGCCACAGCCUGAACGCCGCAGACAUCCGGCGCCUGCACCCCCGCACGGCCCGCUUCCGCAUCCUCAACCCCGACGACGAGGCCGGGUACUCGGAGGACGACGAAGGCUCCUCCACCGACGACGGGGUCCGCUGCUUUGUGGUCAGAGAGCGCUCCAGCAGCUGUUCCCCAAAGGACACGCCCCCCAGAUUCAGGGAGCUCCACGCCGGCUCCUCUGCGCCGCACUGUAAGCACCAGGGCCAGGCCCGGCCGCUGUCUGCCUCCAGCGGCCGCAGACAGCCGGCGCUGGAGCAGAGCCUGCACGGCAGCCCCCCCUGUCCAGGGGGGAAGCACUGCAGGAAGAAGCAGGCCUCCCUGGGCUCCGUCAACAAGAAGUACGCAGCCGGCGGCGGAGCGCAGUCCGUCUGCGGCUCUCAGGUCAGGCCCCAGCAGCCGAGGCCGUCCUCCGCGGGAUCGACAGUCAAGAGCCACAGGCAGAAGACCCUGAGAGUGGUGGGACCUCGCGGGGUUUCCUUCGACCAUUCCGAGGAGCUGCUGUCGGCCCUCAGCGAGGACGAGCGAGAGCUGCUGGGGGCCGUCACGACGAAAGGCUUCCCGCUACGCAAGGCCAUCCUGGCCCUGCAGAAGACGGCCUACCGGAACCCCGAGCAGAUCCUGAGUUACCUGGGGGCCACCAGUCAUCUGUGUGAGUUGGGAUACGAGGAGUCCCAGGUAGAGGAGGCCCUUGAGAUGUUCCAGAACUCUGAGAGCAAGGCUUCCGAGUUCCUGAGAGUCCUGACCCAGUUUCAGGAGAUGGGCUUCCAGCAGAGCGCUAUCAAAGCGGUUCUCCUGGUCCACGAGAACAACCGUGAGAGGGCUCUGGAGGAGCUCAUGACUCACACAGCCUAACACAAACCCCCCUGAAAUGAAAGCAGAUCCCCCCCAUCUGCUUUCAUUUCACAAAGGAAUGACCCCUUUUGGUCGGUCCCACUCGGAAUUCUGAGAGUAUACCGAGUUGCUAAAUGCUCUAAAUGUAAAUGUGAAUAUGAGUAAAUUUAAAUGUAAAACUCUUAAUGAAUGUUAAAUGCUUACUGUUUAGACAUUUUGACUAGAAAUAGGGAUUUUGAUUGUUCCUGACUAAUAGUCAAAUUUUAGAGGUGUUGAUGUGUACCAAGCUUUUGAUAAUUGCGAUAAACUUUUUGUUUCAUCUUGAAAUAAAGGGAAUGAUGAACACCUGCUUUAAUUCUUCAUGGAUGUCCAGUUGACGUGCACACUUUACACUUUAUAAACCACAAUGUCUUUGUGUAGGGAUGUUAUUGUGUGUAUUGUGCUGAACACUAGACACUGACUGGGU